AUGGCACUCAAAGCAACCCUGUACAUUUUUAUUAGCUUUUCAAUAUUAAUUUCCAUAUUUGGAAAUCUGGUGGUGAUCAUUUCAGUUUUACAUUUCAAGCAGCUACAGACACCCACCAAUUAUCUUGUAUUAUCUUUAGCAUUUGUUGAUUUCCUGGUUGGCUUUAUAGUAUUGCCUUAUAGUAUGAUCAGGUCUAUAGAAACAUGUUGGUAUUUUGGACAUGUGUUUUUUGAUCGAUACUAUGCCAUUUGUGACCCCUUUCUCUAUUCUAUAAAAAUAACCCUGCCUGUGACAAUUGUCACUGUUUCUUUAAUCUGGCUAUUUGCUAUCUUUUAUGGUCUUAGACUGAUUUUGUCAGACUUCAGUAAAAAGUCAUUAGAUGAUUAUACACCUGCUGUGGCUUGCGAAGGCAGCUGCAUCACAUAUGCUAAGUUUGAGGGGCAUAUAGAUGCAUUGAUCAUAUUUUGUUUUCCCAUUUCUAUCAUUCUGGGCAUAUACGUUAAAAUAUUUUUUGUGGUCAAAUGUAAACAUGGCAGAGUAAUCGGAAGCAUGCCAAGCAAUAGUGAUAACACAGAAGAAAACAAUACUGGAAACUUAUGUAAAAAGCAACAAAUAGCUGUAAAAAAUCAAAGUGCAAUAAUGGGAAUUUUUACAUUCUCCUGGCUGCCUUUCUAUGUAAAUAACAUUUUUGAUCCAUAUUUUAAUUUUUUAAUCCCAACAGCUUUAGGUGAUGUAAUUACUUGGUUUGGAUUCUUUAAUUCUACUUUGAACCCAAUUCUUUAUGCUUAUUUAUAUCCAUGGUAUCGCAAAACACUCAAGCUUAUGCUCUCUUGUGAGAUAUUUAGCUCGGAUUCAGCUGCAAUGGAUUUCUUUUCAGAAUAA